UUUAGUAAACAAAUACUGCCAAUUACCUAGGUAAUUCAAUUCUUGUUGAAUGGAUAAAUUUAACCUACUUAAUAGAUAAUCUUUACAUUCGCAAAAACGCGCCGAGGAGAAAAAUGGACGUUGAACAAGCGCUCGACUGCAUAGUAAAGGUACGGUUUCCCUGCUGCGUCUAGACGCGGCGUCUAGCGUCACUACCGGUCUAGAGGUAGGUCGCGUCUAGACGCAGCGUCCGACGCGGUAGUGCUGUUCCACUGUUCCACGCGUCUGACGCUGCCAGGGAAACCGUACCUUAAUAAAAUCGAAGGAAGGCAGGUUGUGGAAGGUGAAGAUAGCGCAGGAGGCGAACCGGUUCGAGGACGUGGCCCGGUACAUGAGAGACGUGGCCGUGGGAUGCCUAGGUACACUCAGGGAGCUCAUGACCAAGGACGAGGACAGGAUGCUGGCAGCGGCACACAAGCACUUGAUGAACAUGAAACUGUCGUCCAGGCGGACGCUGAUGACGAUCGAGCAACCUGGAAGGCCGCGAUGGCCCGGCAUUAUCGCGCGCGCGUCGACCGCGAGUUGUGCGCGCUGUACACCGAUUUGCUGAACGUGGUCGACUGGAGGAUGAGGCCCAACUGGCGGAGAGCCUCGGAUCCGGCCACCGACGUGUUUUACUGGAAGCUGCGCGCCGACUACAACCGGUACAAGGCCGAGAUCAUCGACGACCCGGGCGAGCGGGCGGUAAUGUUGGCUUUGUCCAGGAAUUCGUACGACUGGGGCGAACGGAUAGGCCGGUCCGGCUCGAGCUCAUACUCAACUACUCCGUGUUCUUGUACCAAAUGUGCGAGCAGCGCCAGCAGGGCCUCGACGUGGCCAAGCGCGCGUACGACGAAGCCGUGGCCGAGACCGACGUCAUCGACGAUACUAUGUACGACGACUCGAAGCUCAUCCUGCAGAACAUCCGCGACAACCUGAACAUAUGGUUCCAAGAGAACUAACCCCGCAGACCCCUCCGCCCCCUACGUUAAGCACUUUCCGAAUAUUUUUUAACUUAUAAGUAGGUGUAAAAUGGGGAUUCUAGACCUCCUCCCCAGUAGCGGCUCGUGAGUUAAUAUUCUGGGGAGACUUAAAAUUAUUUAACAUAAACUACGCACAACAACGAACAAGAAAAACCUUGUUAUUGAAAAUCUAAUUAUAUUAUAGUAUUACAUAUUUAGUUAAUAUUUUUAAGUUUAAUUUGAUUUUUUUGUUCGUAAGUUAAAGUAUUAAAACCACUAGUUAAUAAUACGUAUAUUAUAUUGUCUUUUUGCAUUUUUUAAAUAAUUAGAAAUAUAACAAAUAUCAAAUAGAAGAUAGUAUAAGACCCUGUAGUAAACGUGUUAUAGUUAUUAAUUCAUAAAAAUGCAUUAAAUUAUGACAGCGACUAAGAACGGCGCGCGGUACGGCAAUUAUUGUCGUGAACCCAGUCUCAAUAGAGUCUAUAAUACGCAGCGUAUUCUCCCUGCCCCCUCCGGCACACUAUCAAACCGGCCGUUUUACCAUUUUGCGGCAGUUUCACUGUAACGGCGACCGUCACUGUCAUCGAUAAAACUAAAAUAGCAUUUCUAUUAAAAUAACUAUUUAAAGGUUUUAGACUUGGUUGCUUUCAAUUUAUAAUAAUAAACAAAGAAAACGAUAUAAAUUAUAUAAUAUUAUAUUUUCAAUUCGAAUAAAAAUAUUUUUAUGCAUUAUUAUUUUAAUUAACUAUUAUUAUUAGUAACUGAGUUUUUUUAAGGAGGAGACUCAGUCUCAAAGUCUCCCCUGACGAGCCGCCCCUGCUCCUCCCCCUUAACCUCUUCGUGCAUGUAGGUAUCAUAUGAUACCGCAACUAAUUUAAACCGCUUAUAAAGCAGCUGUUAAAUAUUUUUGAUCCAUUUGUGCACAUUUUGCAUCUGCUAUACAUAAUGUCAGGGGGUGAAAGUGUAUCCAUUGAAAUUAACUUCUGGUUCUAAUAAAAUGUAAUGUAAAUUAAUUGUUUUAUUAUAAUUAUCCAAUGACUACAUUUAAAAAAAAACGUGUUUUUUGAGGGGUAGAGGUGGAAAUCUUCUCAAACCAAAUAUCUAUGUAUGACACAAGAAAACUGUGGUAUCUAUUGAAAUAUAUCAUCAUUUAGAUUUUGAAAAAAUUCGCCAUGGUAUUUUUUGUGCAUUACCUUAUAGGUACAACAAGUAAACACGGGUAUAUAAUAUAUUAUUAUACGGUGGGGAUAUCGCAGACAGCGAUGAUGGCCACGGCAAACUAGAAAUACCUGCAGUUGCGAGCCAAAAAAAAAAAAUCUGUUUUUAUUUUAAGAAAACUAUAAUUGUGUUGUUUGUUUUAUUUAUGUGAUACAGGCGAUACAGCGAUCGGUUGACGUGGCUUUAAAAUUAAAAUAAUAAGUUCAAGCAAUACCUACACUUAAAUAUUACCUAUCAAGCUAUCCACAAUAGAAAUACGAAUAAAACACCUCUUAAGGAUCUACAAUAAGAUUAAAGUAAUACAAGCUAUAAAGUAUAAGGUAAGUACUAAGUAUGGACAACAAAUUAAUAUGUAGGCAAAAAAAAAUAUUGAUGAAUACAACAGUUUACUGUGCUAUAAUACUGUAGUAGUAUAUGAUAAGAACACUGGAAAUUUAAAUCUAGGAAUAUAAUAAUAAUAAUAUAAUAAUAUAAUAAUAGGACGUAACCGUGACAAUAUAUUAUGAAUAUACAUAAUAAUAUUAUAUCGAUAUGAAUUUUCACUCUAUAAUACGAAUACAUGAAAAUAAAAAAAUCACUAGUGCGUUGUAGGAAGGUCGAUAUUGUAUUUGCUUGCGUUUUAAAAAAAUUGUUACUAAGUUUUUUAAACGUCCAAAUAGCCUUGAGUUGUAGAUGAAAAAGUUAAUGGGUAGGCAUUAGUGACCAUGGGACGUGUGAAAAAUCGGGUUGAAGAUUUUGUGGGACUGUACGCAAAAGUCCUCGUACUCGCCCCCGCCCUGCAUCUAUAGUGUCCGUCCGGAAGGCAAUCGAAAUGUUCCGCCGCCGCAUUCUUGGCUCUCGUCGCGGAAGCUAACAAUAGAUCUUUACGUCGACGGCGGCCUAAAUCUCCGGCAUACAACAGGACGCAGCCAUAUACUGUAUUUUUUCUAAAUAUUGUUGUCUGCAUAAUAAUUUAUACAUAUUGCUUGGAGAGUGCAUAUUAUUAUAGUAUUAUUAUAACCUACUUAAUAUUAUAAAACAACGGUGUUCGAACUUAAGUACCCGAUACCUCAGAUACUAUAAGUACAUUUUUAACACUAAAUUUAAAGCAUUAAUUCACAUGCACUUCGCUAUAACUGCUAAUAGUCGUUUAAGGGCAGUUUCGUUUUUACAGUUUUUAUUUCGUCUGCCAAAACCGUACCGUGCGGACAAUAACAUACACAUAGGUUAUCGCACUGCAGUGAUAGGUACAUGACUG